UCAAAGUCUCUAAUGUUUACUUCCUGUGUUAGCUCCUUUUAGACAAACGAGGGAAAGUUCAAACAAAUCACCAGUAACUUCACGAAAAAGCGAUAUCAUGUCCAGUAAAAUGCACCCUACGUCUUCUCUAUUAGAUGGAUGGAUACAGGAAAACAACGAGUUGGUUAAUACAUUGAGGAAGGAGAGAGGAGAGGAUGUCUUGACCGGAGACCAUAACAAGACACAUCUGAGGUGUUCCUCUCAGUUUGACAAACUUUUAAGGAAAAUUCAAGGUAUCCCUCCUUGUGCAGAUCACACACAGUUGGAGCUGACAGUGGUGUACAAUGCCUGUGUUUGCUCUACUUCUCAGUCUUGUUUCUCUGAAGCUGAGUUGCUGCUCGUUCAAGCCACAGAGAGAGUUUUACAGGUGACAGAAGGUGAUCAUGAUGCUUCAGACCAUCUUGGGUUGUGGAAAAGCAUUUUAAAAUCAGCGGGAAGUAUAGCUUUGAAAUCCUGUGUGCUGCACCUUCUGUGUCUGCAGUGGGCAAUAUGGCUGGCCACCUGCCAGUUGAAAACUAUUAACGAAUUUAAGGAUGAGCUGUCCUCUGUGGUUGAGACUCUGUGUGCUGGAGUUGGGGGAGACAGGAGGAGCGACACAGGGAGAGAGUCCUCUGACACGCCACUUCUGCUGAUGGACCCGAGACAGCUUUCUGAACUACUGCAGAUCUGUACAUUUAUUGCACAGGGUGCAGAAAGGUUAAGUGAAGGACAGAGUACAGAAGCACUUACUGGUCUUCAGACAGCAUCCUUCUUGCCCGCUCCCAGAACUCUAGUAGCCUACACACACCUCCUGUCAGGCUCCUGCCUUGCCCAUAUGGCCCGCCCUCAGAUGGCGUUGCAGUGUUUCAGGAAAGCAUUGGAGACAGACUCACGGUGUGUGUCUGCUCUGUACCAGAGCAUGCUCAUCUACAGACAGCUGGGCAACACACAGGCUGAGAUACAAGCUCUCCAUUUGCUGCACUCAACUUUGAUGUUGCCCUGCACCAUCGAUCCUGCUCUGCCUGGUGCUUAUCUCCUCUCUCCAUCCUUACUGCUCUGCAGCCAAUCACUGAACAGUCUGCUCUCGGUUCCCUCUGCCCUCUCUGUCCUUCACAGUCUGGCUCUGAAGUGUGUGAUCCAUGGGAGGGUGUCAGAGGGCGUGGAAAAUUAUUUGGAUCUGCUUGCCCUCCACUCAGAAAACCAACCUACAUCUCAGGUGCAUGUUGAGGUCCUACCCCUGCCCAGGUUGCCCAAGCUUUACCUGGAGGCCGGUUCUGCCUUGCUCAUGGCCCUACGGCCCUCUGAUUGCAUGGCGCUGUGCGAUGAAGUCAUCAGCUCCACACUAGAGCUGCUGCCAGAGAAGGUGGUGUUAGAAGAGCAGGAGCAGAAAUAUGACGCUGAGACGAGAGGGGGUCCAGAGGGAGAGGACAGGGUGGAGAUGAUGCUCUGGGCUGGAGCUGCCUACCUGCUCCAAGGUCACUGUUACACACACCUAAAGGAUUGGAAACAAGCUGUCACUCACUACACAAGGUGUAUAACUCUGAUGAGGGUACGAUUUAAACAGAGUGGUUUCCCACCACAGAUUCCCAGUGCAGAUAUGGUUUGCAAGCAGAGAACAGAUCUGUGUACUCUCCAAAGGUUGAAGGGGCUCUCGAUAGCUGGACGAGGCAUCAGCUUCACCCAGACAGACCAGCUAAAAGAGGCACUAAGAGACCUCCAGCUCAGCCUGCAAGCACUCCCAGAGUGUAUGAGUGCAGGGUUGUGGUGUGGUGAAGUGCUUUGGAGGCUGGGCAGAAGAUCGGAGGCAGCAGCUUGUUGGGAAAAAACUUGGAGCCAAACCACAUUAUCUUCAGAAACGUGUCUAUCUGUGUACCUACAGGAACCUCAGACUGGCCCCUUGUUAGAUUCUACCAAGCUGCGUUGCAGAAUACAGGAACUUGGUCUUACCUUGCCUGCCAACAGAAAGACAAAAGGAGAAUACCCUAUCACUUACUGAACAGGAUCAACUUUCUCUGUCCUGUGAACUGACACUCAUACCACCAACAACAACAACCAUGUAUCUAUUGCGACAAUGAAAUAAAACAUCUUUGGAAAGAA